GUUUCCAUUUUGCUCGCAUCAUUAUUCCCCCUGACAAGUAGAGAAGGCUGCUUUGGAGCUCUCCCUCCCUCCCUGGAGCGAAAGUGAACUUCCAUCUUCGAUCGAUCGAGGGUUUGACCUCGGCAUUCCAUGUCAGUGGGAGUCCAGGUGUCUUCUCUGGUUCGCGCCCUUCCGGUCUAGGGUUCCUCGUCGACACCAGCACAGAAGGCCUGAACUUUGGAGUCGCACGCGAUGGAUUUGACAUGGCUGAGUGCCAUUAUAGUUGGGGCGGGAUGCCUUGCUCUGGGAUUCUGUAUCGGUGCAUACCAUCCUUCUCGCAUCUUGAUCCCUGCUAGAACAUCCAGAGGCUUAUCUGCUGCUACCGAGAUCAAGAAGAAGAAGUCAAAAGGGCCUUUAGAGAUUGAAAAUUUGGCCGAAAUCUUAGAAGAUUUUAAAAUGGUUUUGGUUGUGAGGAAUGAUCUAAAGAUGGGAAAAGGGAAGAUUGCCGCUCAGUGUAGUCAUGCAACUUUGGGUCUCUAUAAGAAGCUCCUUCAACGUGCACCAAAAGCUUUAGACAGGUGGGAGAUGUGUGCGCAGCCUAAGGUGGUUGUCAAAAUUGAGAGUGAGGAAGAUAUGCUUGCUUUGCAAGAAAGGGCGAAAAUACUUAAAUUACCAACCCAUAUUACCAUUGAUGCAGGGAGGACACAAAUUGCACCAAAUUCAAGGACCGUGAUGGCUAUUCUUGGACCAGUUGAAGUUGUUGAUGAUGUGACUGGGGGGCUGAAACUUUUGUAGCAUGUUCUUGUUCAAGGUGGCCACAAUGCCACAGGAAAGACGAACUGCUAUCAUAAUUGGAAGGAUCAAUUAUGAAUUGACGAGAUAUGCAAUAUGAGUGCUCUGUGGUUCUCCCUUGAAAUCUGUCUUUUGGCAGGCACAGUCACAAAUGAUUAGCAAUGACGAUGAGAAAAUUUUAGGUCCAAAUUGUGCAUGCGCUUGGUAGCUAAAGAUUAUGAUUUUGCUAAAUGCCAGGUGAUGUGUAUUGAAAAGGAAGACUUGCUCUCGAAACUUGAUUUUUUUUCCUUGAUCUGGAUUCAGCGAUGCACUUUGUUUAAAACUUUAUUCAUAGCA